ACCGGUCCUCCUGCUGCGGCAGCACCCGUGGGUGCCUCGGAACAAGCUGCCGCCACCCGGCCUGCACCCUCCACCCCCCGGAGGGAGCCAAUCCCUGGGCAAGGAGGAGGCCCACCCCACAGCCACAGCCCAGGGGAUAAAAACCCAAGGGGCACAUCCACCAACAGGCACCUCCCGAGCAUUGCGAUGUGGUCAGCGGGGUGCACAGGCCUGGUAGCCGUCUUGCUGGCUGCAGCCGUGGCGACGGAGGCCAAAGAGGUCCUGGAAUUCAAGCCUGAAAUUGGGGUGUCCAACGGAGGCCUCUGGGGCGCCUGGGCCUGGCAGGAGAUGUGCCCGGAGGAGACCUACGCCACGGGGUUCAGCCUCAAGGUGGAAGCCUAUCGGGGCCCGAUGGACGACGACACGGCGCUGAACGGCAUCCGGCUCUUCUGCACUCGGGGCGGCCGGGGCGACAAGCACGAAGCGCACACCGUGGAGUCCCAGAGCGGCCCGUGGGGCCAGUGGUCGCCGCCCAGCUGGUGCCCCGAGGGCAGCUACCUGACGAGGUUCUCGCUGAGGGUGGAGCAGACCCGGCGCGGGAUCCACGACGACAUGGGCGCCACCAACGCGCGCUUCGCCUGCUCCGGGGGCGCCCACCUGGAGGGGCGCGGCCUGAGCUGGGGGGAGUACGGCGAGUGGAGCCCGCCCUGCCGGAAGGGCCUGUGCGGCAUCCAGACCAAGCUGGACCCCGUGCGCGGAGCCCUCCGGGACGACACCGCCCUCAACGACGCGCGCUUCUUCUGCUGCAGCCGCUGAGGACCCCGGCGCCGACCCCCGGCCCUGCCCGGGCUUGGCCACAAAACAUGCCCCCCGCCCCCCACAUCCAGGAGACCCCGGGGGAGUCCUCAAGGGGGCUUUCUGGGCUGCUGGGGGUCGGGCUCGAUGGCCCGGGGGGUGCCUUGUUUUUUUAGUCGAGAUUCCGGCAUUGCAAAGGGCUGGACUAGAUGACCCUCGGGGGUCCCUUCCAACUCUACAAUCCUAUAAUACUUCCCUCUCCCACACCUGUCCCGCCAGGUCCCCAUCAGCGACUGACACGCCCCCUCCUUCUGAACCCAGGCUUUCUCCCAGAAUGCAUUAACAAUAAAGAUGGCCUCUGAGUA